AGCUCAGUUGUCGCAUACCUCCUCCACUCGAGCUUGAAACUAUGCAGCCCGCCAACAAUAUGACUACUGCCCAGCCCCAGGCUGCCGCCUCGAUGAGCGUGACGAGCCCCGCCCCCGUUAACAACGCCCAGCAGCAACACCACCACGACCAGAAGGCAAGCCGCAUCCGCGGCGGCGGUGCUGGCAAGGACUGCUUCCUCGGCGCGCUCGAGUGCUUCCUCUGCUUCGAGUGCUGCAAGGACUGCUGCGAGUGCUGCGCCGACAUCAUCUGCUGCCCCUGCGAGAUGUGCUGCUAAACGCGCCAGCCACCCUGCUUCCUUCACUCGCCCCCUGAACUCGAACUCUAUCUACACUGCAUAUAUGUUACACGCGCGCGUGUCUGUGGUAUAAGUACAUAAACCUGACUAUUGUGUUGUUGUUGUGCAGAGUGUAGACUGGUGUGUUGCCGGAGUCAAGUAUGUUAGCGUGAAUUACAUUGCCUUUGUACUUUAUUUUAUUUUGUCUUGUGAUACACAUUUGUGCUUGCUUG